AUGCCUCCAGCGUCCUUUAGUGUAUGGGAUAUGGCAAACGAUUCACCCUCCCCCUUUCCCCACAACAUUUUAUCGUACCACUUGACCCGAGAACAGAUCCAUGCAAGGUUUCACCAGAGAUCUCACCCGCAGCGACUCAUCCAGUUCAUGUACGUCCAACUCGUCACACCCAUGCCACGAAUCACCCACGACGCGCGCGCCGAGGAAGCAGCUCAUAGCGAUCACAUACGACAACGCCGCAAAGAUGAUCAGCGCCUGCCAGCCCUGCUCGCCAUGUCCGAGCCCCAGCAGCGCGCCGCCAAUGGGCACGCUCGUCAGCGUGCCGAAGCUGCCCGUCAUCAGCGCGGUCGAGUAGAAGCGGCCGUAGUCGCGCGCAUCGCAAAGCUGACCAAUACAAACCGGAUACAGCCCGAGGUUGCUGCCGCUGGCGAAGCCGAACGUGACAACAAAAACGAUCAGCAGGGCGUGCGAGUCGCGCGCCGGCAGCCAGAAGGCCAGGAUCGUGACGGCGCACAGCGCGUUCGUGAUGACGAUGACGUUGAAGCGGCCGAUGCGGUCGGCGAGCAGGCCAGGCAGGCAGCGGCCGAAGAAGGAGCCGACGUUCAGGAGCGACAGCAGCGUGUAGGCGGCGUUGGCGUCCUGGCCGUGGGCGGCCGCGUAGCUGACGAUGAAAGUCAACGGGACGAAAAGUCCCCACUCCAUGAACCAGACGCCUGCGCAGCACAGGCUGAACUUGAGGUCGCGGAACAGCGACCAGUCCGGCAUGACCGAGGCGCGGCGGGUGCUCGGCGGCAGGCGCGUGCGCACGAGCAGGUUGGCGAUGACGGACAGGAAGAGCAGGAUGAGGCCGAUGAUGCGCGUGCUCCACGCGAACCCGAUCCGGGGCAGCACGGCCUGCAGGUAAAGGGGGAACACGAUGCCGCCGAUGGAGCCGGCAGUGGCGGCGACGCCCGUGGCGAGGCCGCGGCGCGCGCGGAAAAAAUGCGCGAUGACGCCGUAGGCCGGGACGUUAAGCAGGGCGCCGCCGAGGCCGCCGAGGACGGAGUAGCACAGCAUGAUCUGGUAGUAUUCUGCGUGC